CAUGGAGGAGAAAGGAUGCUAAUCUAUGAAUACAUGCAUAACCGAAGCUUAGACACCUUUAUAUUUGAUGAAGGAAAACGUUCAUUGUUGAGUUGGCAAAAUCGCUUCGCCAUCAUACUAGGGAUCGUGCGUGGACUUCUCUAUCUUCAUCAAGAUUCUAGAUUUAGAAUAAUACACAGGGACCUAAAAGCUGCCAAUGUCUUGCUCGAUAGAGAGAUGAACCCCAAAAUCUCAGAUUUUGGAACGGCAAGAGUAUUUGGAGAUGAUCAGACUGAUGCACAUACCCGCAAAGUGGUGGGGACAUUUGGAUAUAUGUCUCCUGAGUAUGCAAUGGACGGCAUAUUAUCCAUAAAACUUGAUGUCUUUAGCUUUGGCGUUUUAGUAUUAGAAAUCAUCAGCGGCAAAAGAAACAAAGGAUUUUACCAAUCUGAGCCACAAUCAAACCUCAUUACAUAUGCUUGGAAGCUGUGGAAGGAAGGAAAGAGCUUCGAGUUGCUCGAUGAAUCUUUGGAGGACUUGCAUAACAUUUCUGAAGUCCUGAGAUGCAUCCAAGUGGCUCUCUUAUGCGUUCAAGAGCAACCCAGAGAUAGACCAAUGAUGUCCUCAGUUACCAUGAUGUUGGCUAGUGAAAAUGCUACACUGGCAGAACCAAAGGAACCUGGUUUCAGCACUGGAAGAGGCUCCAUUGAUAUCAUAACAUCUAGGCACAGUGUGAAUUAUAUAACAGUAACAACGGAAUACCACAGGAAUAAGCAAGUGAAAGCCAUGAAGGCUUGGCCACUUUCUCUUCUUUUCCUCUGUAGCCUCUUGUCUCCCUCCAUUGCAGGAGAUACCAUCACCCCGAGCACACCGCUCAGCGAUGGCGAAACUUUGGUUUCAGCAGGUGGGAACUUUGAAUUAGGCUUCUUCAGCCGGGGCAAUUCGAAGAAUAAAUACUUGGGCAUUUGGUACAAGAAUAUCUCAACUCAUACAGUUGUUUGGGUUGCCAACAGAGAAGCUCCGCUUACCGACCGUACUGGAAGUCUAAACAUCAGCAGCGAUGGAAAUCUCAUCCUCUCCAACCAGACAGCCAAGGUUUUCUGGUCGACGAAUUCAUCGAAAGCAAGCAGUCCGGUGGCACAGCUCUUAGAUACCGGGAAUUUUGUUCUGAAAGAAGGUAACAGUGAUUCAUAUAGCUUCUUGUGGCAGAGUUUCGACUACCCAUGCGAUACGUUGCUUCCAGGAAUGAAACUUGGAUUGGAUUUAACAACUGGUCUCGACCGAUAUCUUACCACAUGGAAGAGCACCGAUGACCCUUCACCUGGGGACUACUCCUUCAAGCUCGAUCCCCAUGGAUCGCCGGAAUUCUUCAUAUGGAAGGGAUCGACGAAAGAGUAUCGAAAUGGUCCUUGGAACGGGAUUCGAUUCAGUGGUGAGCCUGAGAUGGACUCUGACAGCUACUUCACCUUUGAAUUUGUCGAUAACUCGCAUGAAAUAUAUUACAUGUAUCAAGUUGCGGACAGCUCGAUCAUCUCCAGGUUUAUGCUGAACCAAUCGAUGAUUCAACGAUACGUCUGGUUUAAUUCAACAUUAGGGUGGAGCCUCUAUUGGUCCAUGCCAAGGGACCAAUGCGAUUAUUACGCUCAGUGUGGCCCCUAUGGCAUUUGUAACUCGAACGACUCGCCAAUCUGCAACUGUAUUCAUGGAUUCGAUCCCAAGUCGCCACAAAACUGGAAUCUCAGAGAUGGGCGUGAUGGGUGCGUGCGGAAGACAAGGUUGGAUUGCCAAGGAGAUGGGUUUCUAAAACUCACUGAUGUCAAGUUGCCAGACACCUCAAACUCCACCGUGAAUGAGAGCAUGAGCCUUGAGCAGUGUCGGGAAAGCUGCUUGAAUAACUGUUCAUGUGUGGCUUAUGCAGCUGCUAAUAUCAGUGGAGGAGGAAGUGGUUGUAUUAUUUGGGGAAGUAAUCUGAUAGAUAUUAAGCAAUUUGUUGAUGGCGGGCAGGAUCUCUACGUUCGUCUUGCAGCAUCUGAACUGAACACAAGCUCAAAUGGAGGCGACCAGAACAAGAAAAAACAUGCGACGGUUAUUAUCGUUAUAUGUAUAACAUCUGGGCUGCUGUUGUUGGUGUCAAGUGGAUGUUACAUUUGGCAUAAGAAGUUCAGAAAACAUAGUAUUAAGUUAGGUGGGCGAAGGCAGUUGUCAAUUGAUUUGGCUCUUACUGCAUUAGGUCCUACUCAAGACCACCACCCAGAAAAUGAAGGUAACAGAGGGAAAGAACUGGAACUCCCUCUAUUCGAACUAAGUACCAUAGUGAUUGCCACAGACGACUUCUCUAUCGCUAAUAAGCUUGGCGAGGGUGGCUUUGGCGCUGUUUACAAGGGUGAACUUGAAGAUGGGCAGGGCAUAGCUGUGAAGAGGUUGUCAAGGCAUUCACGACAAGGCACUGAUGAGUUCAAGAAUGAGGUUAUGUUGAUCGCCAAACUUCAGCACGUAAAUCUUGUAAGACUGCUUGGUUGUUGCAUGCACGGAGAAGACAGGAUGUUAAUCUAUGAAUACAUGCAUAAUAGAAGUCUGGACACCAUCAUCUUCGAUAAAACUAAAUGUGCACUCCUGACUUGGCAAAAACGUUUCAAUAUCAUUGUGGGGAUUGCCCGUGGACUUCUUUAUCUUCAUCAGGAUUCUAGGUUCAGAAUCAUCCACAGGGACCUCAAGGCUAGCAACGUUCUUCUAGAUAAAGACAUGAACCCCAAAAUCUCAGACUUCGGCGUGGCAAGAAUAUUUGGAGGAGAUCAGAGUGAUGCAUAUACCAAGAGAGUGGUGGGAACAUAUGGGUAUAUGUCUCCAGAGUAUGCCAUGGAUGGUAUUUUCUCAGUGAAGUCAGAUGUCUUUAGUUUCGGUGUCUUGGUCCUUGAAAUCAUAAGUGGCAAGAAGAACAGAGGCAUUUAUAGUACUGAGCCCAACCUCAACCUCCUUAGUCAUGCAUGGAAACUAUGGAAGGAAGGCAACAGCUUGGAGCUGCUAGAUAAGUCAGUGGGUUACUCUUAUUCCAUUAAUGAAGUACUUAGAUGCAUACAGGUGGGCCUCUUAUGUGUUCAGGAUAGAGCCGAGGACAGACCACAUAUGUCAACUGUAAUUUUGAUGUUGGGUAGUGCAAGCGCAAUGCUACCACUACCAAAGCAGCCUGGUUAUUGUAGCGAGAGAAGUGCAACAGAUACGGAAUGGUCUUCGAGUUGCACUGUUAAUGAAAUAACAGUGACAAUGUUAUCAGGUCGUUAGAGGACUGGCCUAUCAUUAGAUGAAGGUCAAUGCCAGUGUGGAACUAGGUAGCCUUUGGCUAAGAAAGAUUACCUAAUGUCUCACGCUCACUUAUGUGACAGUUCAAAAGAGAUGUCUCCUGCCUGUAUAUUUUUGCUGCUGAAAGAUAAAGUGAAUGUGUUACAUUAAGAGUAGUACUUUACUUCCUCAACUUACUGAUUGGAAUAUGAAAGUUUACUGCAUGAAAGGAGUAUGCUGCAAGUGAAACAGAGACAGAGGACAUAGAAGUUCUUUCUUGCUAGUCUUGGAUAACUAUGUAUCUCUGGUACAUUUGGUGCCUCUCUGUAAUUGUUCCUAUUUGCUUCUCUCUGUUUCCACUAUUUUCCUCAGAAAGACUAUGCCAUCUUUUCAAAACUAUUAGGUUGAUAGUAUUAUUAUAAAAUCUUUGAACAGAUGGUGAUCUUCAUUAGAGUAUCAGAGGAUCCAGCAAUGU